GAGUGUACACGCGUUAUUCCCCUCUUAAGCUGCUGAACCCUCUCACUUCUUACUUAGCUCUAAUCGAUUACCUACUGAAGUGUUUUACCGUUAGUUAUAGAUUCAGUUUGAAAGUUCUUGGAUUUGUUAUGGCUUCAGUUGAUUUCAGUUCCGGGAGUUUGUCUCCCAGUAUGUCCCGCAUUCAUUGGGAUUCGUCCCGGUCAGACACCUCUGGAGACAGCAGGAUGAACUUUGAUAUAUCAGAUGGACCAGUUUUGUUGAUAUUGCCUGAUCUUUCUGUUCCGAGUAUUUUGAGGAGCCCCGCCAGAAGAUUCACCAGAUUCCGUGUUGAUUCUCCCCAAACACCUUCCUUCAAUAGAAUGAAGACAUCCUGUUGCAGAAUUACUCCUGACAUGCCCCGCAGAUCAUCCACUCCUUCUCGGAGAGUUGGAACCCCUCGAUCUGAUUGUGCACCCAGGACCGGCCCUCUUCGUCAGUUCCCGUCCCCGCUAUUCUGUUCUUCUCCAACUCGACCUAUUCCCCUCUGCCUGGGUACACCCGCUUCAACUCCUCACUGUCCCAGCCCGAUAAGAAUCAAACUCACCAGGACAUCUGAUCAAUCUUACCUCGAGGAUAAAGCUGGACCACUACUUGAGGAAGAUGAGUGUGUUGUGAGGAUAGCUGGGAGAGAUGAGUGUGUUGUGAGGAUAGCUGGGAGGAGACUGUUUGAGUCUGGAUGCUCGCUGUCUUAUACUUCUCCCGUUCAUAACAGAUCAAAAGCUAAAGAUCAGAUCGGAUUGUUGACCUUCAUCCUGGAUACGGAAUGUAGCAAGCACAGUGCAGACCUCACCCCCGAAAGCUAUUCUGACGAAGAAUCCUACCCCUCAUCUUAUCCCUCAUGCUCCCGUCUCAUCGACGCAACUCAGGAUAGUGUCAAUCCCAAGAAAGAGAAGGAGGAAGUCUCCCUCUCCAACUCGUGUAACAGCCUACUCGCAAAGUACCCUCACUUGUUCUCUUCCAUGAUCGGAUCAGGUGACAGAAGUCCAGCUCAGAGUAGCCCUGUGGGAACCGGUCAGAAUCUGAUCAGGGACACUAAAAGGAAAAGGGAGGGACUUGGUCCAGAUCUUACACUUCACGAUGCGAAGAAAAUCCGAGGAGCUGAUGAAAAGAAGCAGAAACUGAAAUCCCUGCUGACGAGCCUGUUUGUGAAGAAAACAGAAAAGAGAAAACAGAGGAGCAGACUCGUGACUCCCUACAGAAGUUCUGCUCACAUCAGAUCUAAGGUCUGAGAAGCUGGGCAUGUAAAACCCUGUGCGACAGCGGGGAUUGGUCUAUGAUUACCUGUUUCAAGACAUCCGUUAGAAGAAGAAAAUCUGUUAGAAGAAGGACAUGGAAUGGUAAAUUUCUGGAGACUCAUCACUCAUAUAAGAAACUGAGAAUAUCGAUGUGUGACGAAAAUAGGGUUGUAACGAAGAAACCAUAAACAAUGCUUUGAGCCCUCACUAUUUACUGAUUUAUUCCACAUUAUAAUCUUGAUUCUUGUGAAAUUUCGAGUCCAUUGUGUCCGUUAUUAUAGUUGAACUAAAUAUGUGGCUUCUCAUUGAAUAUAACAUGAUUGUAUCAAUGUUCUUGGAUUGAAAUGUGAAGGUCAUUUGUUUCAUUUUAUACUGUCAACAUAUGAUCUUUUGAAAUUUGUUUUC